AUGUGUGAGCGGGCAGGUCUGCUGGCGGAGCUGAAACACGGAGCGGGCUGCCGCAUCGACGAGGCCGCAGAGAAGCUGCACCGCCUCAGUCAGGACAUCUGGAGCUGCCCGGAGCUGGCUUAUGACGAGAGGAAGGCUCACGACAGGCUGGUGGCGUUUUUCUCCCAGGAGGAGGAAGGCUGGAAGGUCGACAGCCACUUCAAACUCGACACCGCGUUUCGGGCCACAUGGGGACCGGGCGGCGGCGACGAGGGCGACGUGGUCAGCGUCGCUUUCCUGUGCGAGUACGACGCCUUGCCCGGGAUCGGACACGCCUGUGGGCACAACCUGAUCGCUGAGGUCGGAGCUGCUGCGGCUCUGGGGCUCAAAGCUGCGGUGGAGAAAAGCAGCAAGCUCCCUGUCAGGGUGCAGGUGACAGUGCUGGGGACCCCAGCUGAGGAGGAUGGUGGGGGUAAAAUAGACAUGAUGAAGGAAGAUGCAUUUAAGGGUCUCGAUGUGGUGUUCAUGGCCCAUCCCUCACAGGAGGACGCCCCUUACCUGCCCUGUGUGGCGGAGCAUGAUGUCACUGUGAAGUACCACGGCAAGGCCUCUCACGCCUCAGCCUACCCCUGGGAGGGCAUCAACGCUCUCGAUGCGGCGGUGCUGUGCUACAACAACCUGUCUGUCCUCAGGCAGCAGAUCAAGCCCGACUGGAGGAUUCAUGGCAUCAUAAAGCAUGGAGGAGUGAAACCAAACAUCAUCCCUGCCUACACUGAGCUGGAGUACUACCUCCGUACUCCAUCACGUGGCGAGCUCCCCGUCAUCAAGUCAAAAGCGGAGAUGUGUUUCAGAUCGGCCGCCAUGGCAACCGGCUGCGAGGUUGAAGUGGAGUUUGCCAAAAAUAUGUUCGUCAACAUCUUGCGAAAUGCCACGCUGGAGGAGCUGUAUGAGAAAAACGGUAAAGAUUUGGGGAUGGAGUUCACCACAGAUGAAGAGGUUCUCACUAAUGGAUCCGGCUCCACAGACUUUGGCAACGUGUCUUUUGCAGUUCCUGGGAUCCAUCCUUACUUCUACAUCGGCUCUGAUGCUCUGAACCACACAGAGGAAUACACUGUCGCUGCUGGAGAUGAAAAAGCCCAGUUCUACACCCUGCGGACAGCGAAGGCGCUGGCCAUGACGGCCCUGGAUGUGCUGCUGCGUCCAGAUCUGCUGCAGAGGGUGAAGGACGAGUUCACCGAGGCCAAGCUGAAGGAGGACAGGCUGCUGAAGGACGGACAGACAGACCGCACUUCCAAAAACAAAUAAGGCAGAGGGAGAAGCUGCAUACCAGCCUCAAAAACACUGACUGUGUAAUCAAGUGUAGUUAAUAUUUUGAGUGGGUUUUAUAAAACAAAAUUAAAUGUUUGCCAAAGGCUUGGUAACUGAUUAAUCCGUGGAAUAUUUUCCUCUGUUUUUGCUCUACACGUUGUUAUUUUGAAUAUUGUGGAGGCAGGCAGAGCUGCUGCUCCUGAUUCUGCGAUGUCACACUAACAGAGGAAGCUGUUUUUAGCAAAAACCGUUCAUUUUGCUGCUAUGUUUGAAAUGUAUCCUUCACUGACAAGUGUGACAUGUUAAAGCAGAAUUGAAACUUGGUAUGAUGAGGGGUUGCAUAGCUCGAUAGGCAUUAUUUAAGUCCACAUGGUGGCAAAACAUCCUCGUUAACUGCUUCAUGCUUCCCUGGGCUCCUUAUCCAGAAUAUUAUAUUUGUAUCUCUCAGUUCAUUUACGUAAAACAGAUCCCAAAACAACAGUUUUAGCACAUAAACAAGUGUGAACAAGCUGGAUUAUGCCAAUAUAAUAAAACAUGUCCCAGUACCCAUUUUUGAGGCAAUAAUAAAGAUAUUUUCUUGUUAUUUGGAAUUAGCCAGGUCGCCAGGUAACUUCGGCAUUGCAGGCUUGUGCCACAAAGAAACAACCUGAUCGUAUUUUUGCAAGCAUAUAGUUUGCGGUCAUUUUUAAAACAUCAUUUUUGGACUCAGUUUCCUGUGCUAUGGAAGUGAUCAGAGCAACACAAACACAGUGUGGUGAAUUAGUAGCCCAGGGAAGCACAAACUGCAGUGACUUAUGAGAAUAUUUCACCACCUUAACACUCAGGUAACUAUACAACCCGGCAAUUGACCGAAGUUCAGUUUUGCUCUAAAUAAAACACCUCAUGCUGUAAUUAUAGGCCAUAUAAAGCUUUUCAUGUCAACACUGGCUGUCUUAUUGAACUAUUGCUAAAUCCUGGUAUGUUCUCCUUUUCAUCAGUCAUGAAUUGGUAGUUUAAAUGAUAUAAUUAUUGAUUUCAGGGGUGACAUGGUCCUGUAUAGCUCUGUCAGGGUCAGGGCUUCAGCUCCCAUCUGCACCACACACAAUCAGGUAUGCACAUGAUUUAUUUUAUUAUAUUUAUUUUGUUUUCCCAAGGGUUAUAUUGGGUUUGAGCAGCUUCACCUGCACGAAAAAAAUGCACUUGAAAGUAGUGCAGAGACGUCAGAUGUAAGCUGUGUUAGAUGGAAGAUAAAAGGACAGGCGGGAACACAUCAGUUUAUUUAUCUAUUUAUUUUUUAAAGAGUCUUAUCUGUAAAGACAGUCCUGCACACCGGCCACCGCGCUCCCCAUUUCUUUCAACACCUAAGAGGAUUCUGAUGAUUUCAAAGAAACUGUGGGUGUUUGUGAGACUCAAAGGUUGAAAUGUGAUGUGAAUUAAAUAAAAAAUAAAGAAACAUUUGCAUACAUGUUUCCCCACAGAAAACAAGACACCUUGCCUCCACUGCAUAGAUAUGGUAAUAAAAGAGAACAGAUUCAUUUUUUUUUAUCAUGAACAUAGCAUGAGAAUUAACUGAUAAAUGUUCAGUAAUUUUUAGUUAUUAA